AUGUCCCGUGAAUGGUUGGCUACUACUGGAAACACGGCGUCUUUUCCGACCGACUCUUUUCAAUUUCAGGUUCCCUGGUGUACAAAGCGUCUCGGCACAUCUGCAGAUUUCACAGGGUUCAUUAGCAUUCACGAGGCUGCCGCCAGCAGGUAUCAGCCCGGCAGGGGUGCGCUCCAUGACAGGUCACGGAGCUUCAGAACACCGUCUGCAGAGACGAAAACUGACGGGGAAAACUCUUUUUCACAAACAGAAGGUAGAACUUCAGACUGUCCCGGAGAUCGAUGUUCGUCACUAGAAUGUUCAAAAUCGGGUUGUUCGCACUCUGCCAGGAGCCAGUCUCGCUCUGCAGGGCGAACCCCAUUCAGAAGACGAUACCUGAGUCAACGCUCAAUAAUUCACCUCGCUCUUGCGUUAUCAGUGUGCUUGCUGCUACCGGCGAUUGCUGCCACGGCGUUCCGUAGAGGAAAGACGGCGGAAGACAAACGCGAGGGACGCGCGACACUGAGUGAAAUGUCUACACAUCCGCCAACAAAUCGGGUCGCAGCUUUUGCAGCCUCGUCUCCGAGGGGAGAAAAGGCUAAAAAACUGGUUGCCAAGGCGCCUGCUGCCAAGCUGGUGGCGGCUGCGACGGCAGUGAUAGCUAUGGCAGUGGUUAUUGCGGUGAUAAACUCGCGUCGUGCAAGCCACAGAUGGAAUGAACUGUUUCUGGGACGGACCUCAACAGAGGUGGCGGCAAAGGGAGCGCCAAAAGUGGAUUCAGGGCCCGUUCAAGUCGUUGAUGGUCAAGCGGCUUUGACCCCCGACAGCGAGGGCGAGCAAAGUUUCGCUUAUAUUCCAGUGUGGAAGCGGCAGAUUGCCAACCACGCGAUUGCUGUCAUUUUCGCCACCGUUUACGCAUUCAUCUUCUGUACGGUAAUCACAAUGUCGAGGGAGGAUGAGCCCUUUGAGGAAGAAAAUCGGGAUGGCAAUCCCCGCGAUUUCGGCCCCUCCGGCCUUGUGCAAGACGCGCCUAAAGAUCCUCCGCCACCGUAUGCUAGCCCAACGGAAGGUGCUGCCAGCCCAGAACCACUCCCUCCUCGUCCCACAAGCUUCCCACAACCGUUCCCUUCACUCCUUUCACCUGAGCGUGAGUCCGACUCUCCGCGUUCUCCCCCCGCCAGACCACCGUUCAUUUCAAUGCAUUCGCAAGAUCAGGACAGCUUGCCUUCGCCUUCCACAGGCCAACCGAAAACAGUUAGGCAGUUGUCACGUGUUGCGGAGUCCGUCUGGCAAGUGCUUGACCUGCAAAGGCAGCUCCACAGUGGAAACUUAUGGAAGGCUUUUUUCAAGCUGGAGGGGGCUAUGGGCUCGGACGUUCCUGCAGCUGCGAGUCACGUCGCCUCGGAGUACAGCCGCGAAGCUUUGCAGGAAACUCUUUUGUGCCGCAAAGCCGCAAGACUAGCUCGCUUGUCCACAAUGCUGGUGGCUGCAAAAAUCACUUCUUACGAGGCGAAAAUUGAUGCUGCAAUGGAUAUGUUGGGUGCUGCGCUGAAGGCAAAAGCGCACACCGAAGAAUCUCCAGACGUGCGCCCCAAAGUGAUUAUGCCCACCAGAAAGGUGCUCAGGAAACUGGAACGCGGUUUUCGUGCGCAGCAAAAUAAUCUACGCCUUGCAAGCGAACUUGCAAGACGAGCCUACGGUUUAGUCGCGAAACAGGAGGCGGACGCUAUAUCAAACUUUAUCACGUUGGAAGAAGAGGCUUUGUUGUUCCGUAUCCAUCACCUCGAAGCCCGCCUUGAGGUCUUGAAGGCGCAGGUGGAGGCUGCCACAGGAGCGGCAGAAGCUCUCGAUGGAGAAAAGCAAGCACCCUACGAGGUUUUGUCAGACUCCGAAGUCGCAUUGCUCGGGGCCACAGCAGAAGAUCUUUUGAAACGUGCAGCCAUUGCAGGCGCGUUUAUAGAGGAACCCUCCCUUGUUCCAGAGUUGGCAUUCCUAUUUACACACGACUGCCCCGUGCCUGGAAGCCUCCUUCGAAGCAGUUUUUUGAAUGACGUUGCACAUUGCAUUGAAAGGCUCCAACAUGUGGUGAAUAAAAUGACGAACCGAUCUUGA